AUGAGUCUGAUCUCUUGGAAUUGCCGGGGGCUUGGCAACCAGUCGGCAAUUCGUGUGUUAGCGGACCUUGUUCGCACUAAGAGGCCGAGUGUGGUUUUUUUGAUCGAGACUUUUGUUGGUAAGCAGCGGAUGGAGGAUGUGAGAGUACAGGUGGGGUUUGAUUGUGUAUUUACUGUGGAGGCGGAUGGUCGGAGUGGGGGUUUAGCGAUGUUAUGGAUGAAUACCGUGGAUUUGACAAUAACGGGAUACUCGGCGAAUUAUAUUGAUUGUGAGUUACGAUUGGAUGUUGGUGCCCCCUCAUGGCGUUUUACUGGUUUUUAUGGGUUCCCACAGCGACACCGUAGGCGGGAGGCUUGGCAGUUAUUGCGUACAUUAUCAUCACGGUCGACUCUACCGUGGGUGGUGAUGGGGGAUUAUAAUGAUCUACUAGAUCAGUCUGAGAAGAGGGGACGGGCCCCGCAUCCGCCUUGGUUGAUAAACGGGUUUAGGGAGGCUAUUGCGGACUGUGAUUUGCUGGAUUUUCCUUUUGAUGGGCCACAGUUUACUUGGGUUAAAUCACGGGGCACGAGUGGUAUGAUUGAGGAGAAGUUGGACCGAAUUUUAGCGAACGAGGAGUGGUUAAAUCAGUUUCAGGGCGCACGGGCACAGUCUCUGGUCGUCCCUUACAGUGACCAUUUGCCCAUGGUUCUUACACCGGUUAUUCUCCCGCGGGUCCGGAGGCGAGCCAGGGAUUUUCAGCGGAAGAUUGAGUUUAACAAGCAGCGCUUGGUAUGGUUGAGAGGGCGUCGUGAUGAGCCCGGGGUGAGAGAGUAUGAUGCGGUGGAGAGAGAGUUGUUCUUCUUGUUGGAGCAACAACAUUAUUACUGGAAGCAGCGGGCUAAGGAGUUUUGGUACCAAGGCGGGGAUGUUAAUAGCAGGUUUUUUCACAAUUCUGUGAAAGCUAGACGCCGACGUAAUAUAAUCAGACGUCUCCAGGAUGAGAAUGGGAAUUGGGUGGAGGAUUCAGAGGGGUUAGAUAAUGUAAUGUUGAAUUAUUAUACUGGACUGUUUACCCCGGACUAUGGAGAGAUGCAGGAGGUUAUUGAUGCAAUUCCUGCGAAGGUAACUGAGGUUGAUAAUGUUAUGCUGUUGCGCCCGUUGAGUAUGGAGGAGGUGCGUGCUGCGGUGUUCCAGAUGCAUCCGGAUAAGUCUCCGGGUCCUGAUGGUUUUGGACCGGGGUUUUUCCAAUAUUUCUGGGAUAUUGUAGGGGGGGCGGUAACGGCUUUUUGUAGAAGCUUCUUGGAGACGGCCAAGCUCCCGCGUAGGGCUAAUGAUACCCUUGUUGUAUUGAUUCCAAAGAAGGCCAGGCCAGAGACUAUGAAAGAUUUACGCCCGAUUGCUUUGUGUAACGUCAUCUAUAAGGUGGCGGCGAAGGUAUGUGCAAACCGUCUAAAGCCCUUGUUGCAUAAGUUAAUAUCAUGUGCUCAAAGUGCCUUUGUCCCGGGGCGUUUAAUUACUGACAAUAUCAUGCUUGCCUAUGAGGUCCACCACUUUUUGAAACGUAAGACCCAGGGACGUGAGGGGGUGGUUGCGUUAAAGCUUGACAUGUCGAAGGCCUAUGAUCGGGUGGAGUGGGAGUUUCUAAGGGCAGUGCUGCUUAAGAUGGGGUUUGGUGGUGGUUGGGUUGAUAAAUUGCUUGAAACUGUAACCUCAGUUCGGUAUCACAUCUUACAUGAUCAGCGGCAUUUGGGACCAGUUUUACCAGGAAGGGGCCUUCGACAGGGGGACCCACUUUCCCCGUAUCUGUUCCUUUUUGUGGCUGAGGGUUUGAGUGCGAUGAUCGAGAGAAGCAUGUCUGCGGGCCGUUUGCAUGGGGUUUCGGUCGCUAGGGGGGCUCCAUCCAUCUCUCAUCUCCUUUUCGCAGAUGAUUCAUUCCUCUUUUUACGGGCUAAUGAGGCCGAAAUCAUACAAAUGAGGUAUGUACUUGAUACUUACGCCAAAGCUUCUGGUCAACAUAUAAAUUAUGAUAAAUCAGCUGCAUGUUUUAGUGCUAAUGUCCCACAGAACAAAAGGAAUGAGGUUGUUGAUAUUCUCGGAGUGGAGGAGGGUGAUACGAGUGGGAAGUACUUGGGGUUGCCAUCCCUAGUGGGGAGGAGGAAGAAGGCUAUUAUGGGUUUCUUGAAGGACCGUAUACUCACCAGGGUCCGUUCUUGGAAUGUCAAGUUCUUGUCUAGAGCUGGGAGGGAGGUGCUUUUGAAGAAUGUUUUGCAGGCUAUGCCUGCUUAUGCAAUGAUGGUGUUUUUGCUCCCCUUGGGCCUAUGUCGGGAAGUGGAGGUAAUUCUGAAUCAAUACUGGUGGACUGGCAGUGUGGGUAGUAGUCGUGGGAUCAGAUGGCGUUCGUGGGAGGGUCUGUCAAGGCCCAAAGCAUGUGGCGGGAUGGGCUUUCGGCGUCUACAUGAGAUGAAUAAGGCGUUACUGGGAAAACAGGCGUGGAGGUUAGUAACGAACCCUACAAGUCUAGUGACCUGUGUGUUUAAAGCUCGAUACUACCCUGACUGUGACUUCUUUGAUGCUAGGGAGGGCAGCAACCCAUCCUAUGUUUGGCGGGGUAUGCUAGAGGUAAAGGGCUGUUUGGAGGAGGGCUGUAGGAGGGUCAUUGGCGAUGGCAAAGGUACUAUAAUUGGCAGGGAUCCGUGGCUUCCUGUGGAUAGCAGCCCGUAUGUGGAAACGGAGCUGCAUCAGACGGUUUAUGAGGCGCCGGUGGCCUCCCUGAUGGAUUUGAACGGUAAUGGAUGGGAUGUGGAAUGUGUGAAAGAUAUUUUUAAUACCCGCGAUGCUAAUAUAAUCUUGAAUAUUCCUGUCAGUAAUCGGAGGCCUCAUGAUCAAUGGUUUUGGCAAUGGGAGCAGAAGGGAGUUUAUUCGGUCAAGUCAUGUUAUAAGCAGCUUACGAGGGAAGCUGCGAGUGACCGCCCAUGGGCAAGUAUUUGGAACUUGCAGGUCCCACCUAAGGUGAAGAGUUUUUGUUGGCAGUUAGCGUCCCACUAUCUUCCCACACGUGAUAUUUUGUUAACUAGGAGUGUUGCAUGUUUGGUGGAUUGCCAUAUGUGCAGGCAGGUUCAGGAGUCGGCAAUGCAUCUUUUUGUCCAGUGUGGGGAGGCAGUUCGGCUAUGGAACAGGUUAGGGAUGCCGCAUGUGUGCAGCUAUGACGGUAAUCAUCUGGGUGACUGGUUCUUUUGGGCUCUAGGCACUUUAGAUUUGAUUGCUAAGCCUAGGUUUGUGAUGGCUUGUUGGGGUGUGUGGUCCAGUAGGAAUGAGAGUGUUUGGAGGGGUGCAGGUUUUGAUUUAUCUACUAUGCUGCAUAGGUCUAUGGCGUUUCUGGAAUGUCGGAGAGAUGCUAAUGAAAAACUUCUGGAUGGUGCUGGCCACAGAAACACACUUGCCGUGGCCACAUGGGCAAGACCGGCGCAGGGAAGGCUCAAGCUUAAUACUGAUGCUGCGUUAAGGGAGGCGGAUAAUGCUAUGGGGCUCGGAUGGGUCUUGCGGGAUGAUGGUGGUAAUUUCCUUGCUGCUAAGAAUGUCAGAGUACCCGGGCUGUAUACGGUUAGGGAGGCGGAGGUGCUUUCUAUACGGGAGGCGUUGAGUUGGCUGAAGGGUACUGGUCUGGGUGCUGUAGAUGUGGAAACAGAUUGUAUGAUUGUUUUUAAUGCUUUGAUUUCGGAUUCUUUUGUUUCUGUUUUUGGCUACUUAGUUGAUGAUGUAAAGAGCUUGGCAUCUGAGAUUGAGGAUGUGCGGUUCUGUCAUGUUAAGCGAUCUGCGAAUUGUGCUGCCCACACUGUUGCUGGGGAGGCCUUUUCUGUGUCAGGUUGCGGAGAGUGGUUGGAUGACCCACCUGCUUUCCUUGUUGACAUUCUUGAUUCUGAUUUAAUGAAUUAA